CUUCCGAACUGAGAUAUGGCUUUAUGUACUUGAAGCGUACUGGAUCAGCUUAUAUGAUUCAUUGCUUCACCGAUUCCCUUUACGAAAAUAUGAUAUCCUGUGUUCAAGCUGCGAACUCCUAUCAAAUGGAUACAGUCGAUUCAGACUGCAGAUUGAAGAUUGCCUAUUUCAAGGUUCUCAACAAUAAUGAUAUUGUCAGAGAACUCCAUAACGGUUCUGCUAUGAAUUAUCGACAGACAUUUGAUUGUAAAACGUAAUACAAAGCGAACUUCGGCGAAUCAAUUACUCAUGAUUCAAAGAUCUGCAAUGGAAUUGUUGACAACUUCAAAGAAAAUAAAUGUAAAUACUAAACUAUACAGCUAAGAUACUGAGAAUAGCUCAGCAUUGUAAACUCUAUAUAAAAUUGUAAUACUAAGCAGCACUAACUGUCAUUUAAUGUAACAUCAUCAAUGAAUCGAUGUUCUACAUGCAUAAGCAACACGAAGAAACUGAUUGUACCACUCGAUGUAAUAUUUUAACAAUCCCUGAAUAAAAAUAUAAUUUAACUGUAUAAUUGCGUCUGUCUUAUUUUGCUUCGCUACAUCAGUAUGUUUUUUGUAAUAUCCUAUAUCACCGUAAAAUUACGUUGUUUUAUUCUCAAGGUGGUGAAAGUGGGUUAAGGUAGGAAAAUGCACAUAAAGUUAUUUUAAAAUUACUUUAAGGUCACCAGUUCAGGGAGAACAAGGCGUUCCUGGGAAAUUCUACAGAUAAUAAACAAUUAUUCCAUUGCCACUUACAUAAACAGGGGUAUAAAUAUAAGCUACAUCAGCCUUUGUACAUAUACUACCGAUCUUGUUGAAGACUUCAUCUUCAUCUCUGUCUCCGUCUUCCUCAGAGUGCGUGUAUCUAAGUACUACUCAGCUAUCAUGGACAGUCACAAAGCGAGCGUCAUUUUCACACUUCCUAAUAGGCUUAACUGAUAGCGAUUCAGACGGCGAGCAGUUAUUUCCCCUUCCUUCCAAGGAAAAGCAUACAAGCGCUAAAAGAAAAUCAAACGAUGAGAAAAAAGAGGAGUCCACCAAAAGAGCAAAGAAUUUCGAGUAUAAUUUUUCUGAUCCGACAGAAGAGAAAAAGCUCAUACCCCCAAUAAGCGCUUACCUAGGAAAAGGGAUUAACAUCAGCAUCAAGGAAUACAGAAAGUCCUAUUAUCUUGCUUUCCAAAAGAAUGUUGGAGAUGAAACAAAGAACAGAUUCAACAUGAAUCUUGACCAAUUGGGAGCUUUAAAAAAAGCUAUAAAUGUGUUUGCAGAACAUAUAAAGAAAAAUUGACAUUCACGAGUUAAAUGAAAAUUUUGUAAAAAAAUUGAACUAACUUGACAAUUUUCCCUAUAUUCAUCUUCUUAGAAUGUCGUUUAAUAGAAUAGAAUCAAGUUUUAGAGGUUAUAUUUCAGCUUACCGACACUCUCCGAUACACUCUGAUCCCUACAACUUAUAUAACGAAAUUCGAGAAAACAUUUUCUUACUCUUAUUAGAGCAAAACCUACCUUUCCGUCUUUUAAUAUGCAUAAGCAUUGAAUUUAUUAAAGAUACUCAUCCUGACAAUUUACUGCAAAACGCUUACUUCUGUUCAUUUGCUGAACGCAUAAUAUCAUAUAACCAAGUAAAAAGUAAAGUUAAAAGCUGUUUUCAGAAAAUAUUCAAUUCCAUUGAAACAUAUAUCCAAAACGGUAGUGGUUGGGUUAUUAAUAAAAUUAACUUUUUAGAUGUUAAUAUCGGACAGUACAGAGAACCGCGGGGAGGUUGCGGUAAUAUAAAAUUACCUGACUGUUUAAAAAAAAAAGAACUCUUCUAAAUAUACGUUGCGAUGAUCACAAAUGCUUCAUAUAUAGUUGCUUAGCUCAUCUCUUUCCUCCUGAAAAAAAUCCUAAUGCUCCAAGCAGUUACCAAAAUAAACUAAAAUACUUAAAAUUGAAAAAUGUAACCUUCCCCAUGAAACUCUCUAACAUAAAGCAUUUUGAAAGUAUCAACAGCUUAAAGAUAAAUAUUUUUACUUAUGACAAAGAAGUUUUCCCCAUAUAUAUCAGUAAUAAAAAGUUGGGUUCGGAAAUAAAUUUACUUCUGUAUAAAGAGCAUUACUUCUUAAUUAAAAAUCUAAAUCGUUUAUUAAACUCCAAAAAAGGGAUUCAUCAUUAUUGCUCGCGAUGCCUGAUUGGAUUUCAGAGGCGAAAUAGUCUUGUAGAUCAUAAGCGAGUGUGUUGCCAAAAUGCCCCCCAAAAACUAUCACCGCCUAAAAUAAACACUGUAAAAUUUACUAGCAUUUACAAAAUGUUGUUCCAUCCUUUUAUUUUGUAUGCGGAUUUUGAAUGCAUAACGAAAAAUAUAUCUACUGUUUUACCAAAUACAUCUCAGAGUUUUUCAGCCAACCUAGAGCAUCACGAACCAAUCAGUUUCGCAUUAAUAGCAAUUAAUAUAAAAAAUGAAAUAAUAUAUCACAAAUUCUAUUGCGGAGAAAAUCCAGUACAAAUAUUUUUAAAAACAAUAAAAAAAUUAGCAAAAUCUUUAUUUAAAAGACUAUCAUGCAAUAAACCAAUGAUCGAGGAAAAUAUACCAACGGGAAAGCCUAGCACAUGUUACAUAUGCAAAUUAAAAUUUGAACCGAGUGAUCGCAUUGUCAGAGAUCAUUGCCAUGUUUUAGGCAUAUUUAGAGGUUUCUGUCACAAUUCAUGCAAUUUAAAUUUAAAAAGAAGUAAUUUCAUUCCUGUAGUCAUUCACAACCUUAAGGGGUACGAUUCCCACUUAUUGUUAAAACAUAUGUCUCCAGAAUUCGCGCAUCAGAUUGAUAUAAUUCCGACGAAUAGUCAAAAAUUUACUAGUUUCACCCUCGAUAAUUACAUUAAAUUUAUUGAUUCGUACGCAUUUCUUGAUUCUUCCUUAUCUUCUCUUGUAGAAAUUUUGAAAAUUUCUGAACAUCGGUUUGACAUUUUUGAUUCUUUUUUCCAAAAUAAAACAAAUAGAAACUUACUCAAACAAAAAGGAUUUUUUCCUUAUAGCUAUUUUUCAUCAAAAGAUAUUUUAAAACAAAAGACAUUUCCACCUCACGAAGCCUUUUUUAACAUUUUGACGAAUUCGAACAUAACAAAAAAAGAAUACAAACACGCACUGAGGGUUUACCAAGAAUUUCAUUGUAAAAAUUUUCAAGAUUACCUUGAAUUGUAUCAAAAUACAGAUACAAUUCUUUUAGCUGAAGUAUUUCAAUCGUUUCGACAAACAAGCAUGAUGCACUAUCAUUUGGACCCUGCUCAUUUCCUAACUAUUGCUGAUUUAACGUGGCAUUCUGGUUUAAAAUUCACAGGUCAGGAAUUAAAAUUGUUAUCGAAUGUAGAAGACUAUGUCUUACUUGAGACUCAAAUGAGAGGUGGAAUUUGCUUUCUCGGUCAAAGAUAUGCCCAGGCAAAUAAUCCAUAUCUUUCUUGUUAUAACCCCGAUGAACCUACAAAUUAUAUUGUGAAUUUAGAUGUUAACAAUCUUUACGGACAUUGCAUGUCUGAAUAUCUACCUGUGGGGGAUUUUCGUUGGCUUUCACCUGAAGAAAUAGCUGUUUUUGAUUUAGCAAAUGUAUCUCGAUACUCAGAAACGGGAUAUUUAUUAGAGGUAGAUUUACUAUAUGAUAAAUCAGCUCAUGAUUUCCAUGAUUUUCCCUUAGCAGCAGAACACUUAAAUAUAAAUAAACAAAUGUUAUCAGAUUAUCAAAAAAAAAUAUUGUCUGAAAAAAAUAUUCCAUUCACCGAGUGUAAAAAGUUAACACCAAAUUUUUAUCCAAAGAAACGCUACAUUUUACACUACAGGAACUUAAAAUACUAUUUAAAGCAUGGGAUGUCUUUAAAAAAAAUUUAUCGGAUCUUGGCUUUUUCACAAUCAGACUGGUUGCGAAGCUAUAUAAAUUUUAAUAAUGAAAAACGCCAACAAGCCAAAAGCGAGUUUGAAAAAUCUUUCUUUAAAAAAAUGAAUAAUGCUUUUUUCGGCAAAACAUGCCAAAACGUCAGAAAAAGAAUUAACUUAAAGACUGCUCUUACACCCGCUGAAUGUAGAAAGCAUUUAGCAAGUCCUUUACUUGAAUACUUUGAGAGCAUAAACGAAGACUUCGCUGUCUUUAAGAUGAAAAAAAUUAAUCUAGUUCUCGACAAACCAAUUUAUGUAGGAUUUUGCGUGCUUGAGCUAGCUAAAUUACACAUGUAUACUUUAUAUUACUCUAAGUUCAAAAAAUAUUAUAAAGAAAAUUGCAAACUCUUAUACACAGAUACUGAUUCUCUAUUCAUGCAAAUAUUUACAAAUAAUGUUUACAAAGAUUUUAAAAAUGAAUUUUUUGAUAUCAUGGAUCUAAGCAACUAUCCAUCUUCAAGUGAAUUUUUUAAUUCGGAGAACCAAAAUAAGUUAGGGUUUUUAAAAGACGAAACGAAAUCUAAACCUAUUUCAGAAUUUAUCGGUUUACGAUGCAAAAUGUACAGCUACAAAUGUGAAAAUACUGAAACGAAAAAGGCAAAAGGUGUAAAACAGAGUUGUUUAAGAAACAUAACACAUGAACAUUUUAAAACCUCUUUACUUAAUGAAACGAUUCAUCGUCACGAGCAAUAUUCUAUACAGUCAAAAUCACAUAUUCUUUCUACAACCAUAUCAAACAAAAUUUCUUUAUCUCCGUUUUACGAUAAAAUAUUUUUGAAUGAGGAUGGUGUGACCGGAAAAUGCUUUGGUCACUAUUCCUUGCUUGAAGAAUAAUGGUAGUAAAAUUUUCGUUUAUUUUUAUGUUCUUCAAAAAAAAAAUUUUUUUGAAAAACUAUUAAGCAUUCAAUAGCUACCUUCUGUUAAGGGGAAAAUUGUCUCUUAGUUCAAUUUUAUUUCACAUGCUUUGUAAGUGAAUCAAAUGUUUACUCAGAUCGACUGGUUGGACUGAGUUUUUUCAUGGUUUUCUCAGUCUAUAACGCAAAUGCGAACCAAUAUAAGAUCUUCCAUGAGAUAUUAUUAAUAAAUACCAAGAACAUUUUAUUUUUUAAUGUAAUCAAUUUUUAUACUAUUUUUGCAUGUACAUAUAUAUAUGAUUCAAGUUGUUGUUUUUAUCUUAGUUAAUAUUGUAUUAAUUGUUUGCACUGUUUUUCGAAUGAAAUGAAAAUAAUUUGUAUUCAUAUCCUUUCUUUAUAUACAUUUCUUUCUUAUAUUCACAUGCUUUGUAAGUGAAUCAAAUGUUUACUCAGAUCGACUGGUUGGACUGAGUUUUUUCAUGGUUUUCUCAGUCUAUAACGCAAAUGCGAACCAAUAUAAGAUCUUCCAUGAGAUAUUAUUAAUAAAUACCAAGAACAUUUUAUUUUUUAAUGUAAUCAAUUUUUAUACUAUUUUUGCAUGUACAUAUAUAUAUGAUUCAAGUUGUUGUUUUUAUCUUAGUUAAUAUUGUAUUAAUUGUUUGCACUGUUUUUCGAAUGAAAUGAAAAUAAUUUGUAUUCAUAUCCUUUCUUUAUAUACAUUUCUUUCUUAUAUUCACAUGCUUUGUAAGUGAAUCAAAUGUUUACUCAGAUCGACUGGUUGGACUGAGUUUUUUCAUGGUUUUCUCAGUCUAUAACGCAAAUGCGAACCAAUAUAAGAUCUUCCAUGAGAUAUUAUUAAUAAAUACCAAGAACAUUUUAUUUUUUAAUGUAAUCAAUUUUUAUACUAUUUUUGCAUGUACAUAUAUAUAUGAUUCAAGUUGUUGUUUUGUCUUACUUAAUAUUGUAUUAAUUGUUUGCACUGCUUUUUCGAAUGAAAUGAAAAUAAUUUGUAUUCAUAUCCUUUCUUUAUACAUAUAUUUCUUUCUUAUAUAUACAAUAAAAAUCGU